AUGGAGCCUCAAAAACGCAAGCCAUAUCCUGAAGAAAUGGAAACCCUACUUCAGCGAUUUGCUUUGGACGACUCCACCUCUGCCGUUGAUCACACUUCAUUCGAGCAGGAAAUUCAAUCGAUAAAUGGUAGUCAAAUCAGGUCAGAUUUUGAUAACCUACACGCUUCUUCGGCCUGUAUUGAGUUGCUAAAUACGCCACCGCCGCGUUCAACCACAUUGAGUACUCUUAUCACUCAGGCAACCAAUCUUGAUGAGGAAGGAAAGGAACAAGAUAAAUAUGAUUUUCCUGGUUCCCCUGAGAAGGAUAUAUUUCAGCAGACAGCAGAGGUUUAUAAAAGUUGUAGUGACAAUGGUAUCGUUAAUAAAAUGGGAGAGGGUCACGAUAACACUGAAUUCACGUCACUCACUUUGUCAGAUACGAUGGAUACGAUAGCCUUUAGUCAACAGCUCGUUUCAAGCCGUCAGCCCGGUUUUUCUGUAAAGGAGGUUGGAGAUGAAAAGGAAUCUCAAGGUGAGGAAGUUUCGCUUGAUAUUAAAUCAUGA